UCCAAAUCUUGUCUUUUACUGUUGAUGAGUAGUAGUAGUAGUCAGUAGUUUUCUUCUCUUCUCUCCCGCUUUUGCUUUACUUUCUGGUUACCCUUUUUUUACUCACUCUCUCUGUUUACUUCAAAGAUACAAUUUUGUGAUGACCCUUUUAAGGAAUUGACUAAAACAAAGAGGAAAAUUAUGGAUUGGGAAAAACAGCAGCAGCAGCCACCGGUGUCGGCGCCGCAGCAGACGGCGGAGGAAUUGAACGGGACAGUUAGUGGUGGGAUGUUUGUGAAAGUGAUGACGGAUGAGCAAAUGGAAGUUUUAAGGAAGCAAAUCGCUGUUUAUGCAACUAUUUGUGAACAACUUGUUGAUUUGCAUAAAUCCAUGGCUUCACAACACGAUCUUGCUGGAGCCAGGCUGGGGAAUCUGUACUGCGAUCCACUGGUGACAUCUGCUGGUCAUAAAAUCACUGGUAGACAACGCUGGACUCCAACGCCUAUGCAACUUCAGAUUCUUGAGCGCAUAUUUGAACAAGGCAAUGGAACUCCAACCAAACAGAAGAUCAAAGAGAUAACUUCUGAAUUAUCUCAACAUGGCCAAAUUUCUGAAACAAAUGUGUAUAAUUGGUUUCAAAAUAGGCGUGCUCGAUCAAAAAGGAAGCAACAGGUUGCAGCAACAAACAACACUGAAUCAGAGGUGGAGACAGAGGUUGAGUCGCCCAAUGAAAAGAAAACAAAGCCAGAGGAUCUGCAGUCUUCUCACAUGCCUACUUCAAUGGCUGAAGAUCUUGGCUAUGAGAACCCUGACGUGAGCUCUGGAAUGCAUUCACUAGAUCCACGAACCAGUAAACCCGAGCCUAUGUUUCCAUCAGACGGUAGUUCAAAACCCGCUGCAAGUUAUGGCCAAAUGUCCUUCUAUGGAAUGUCUAAUCCAAGAAUGGACCAGCUAAUGGGAAAGAUGGAAGUGCCUGGGAGCUAUCAUCCAUAUAUACAUGCAGACGACUACAACAUGACCGGCUAACUACCAAUUUGGAAACUAAGUUUCAUGUGCAUUUCAGCAAAUUAGAAUGAGACUAGAAGCCCCAAAACUCUAGCCAGAGUUUUUGAUCCUACCGUGCGUUAGCCAAUUGAUGAUUAUAUUACAGAACUGUGUGUGAAAAAUUGUACUUAUGGACCAUGCUUAUAGGAACUAUGUAGUAAAUAGUAUUUUCAUUUUGAUUUCUCCAUUUGCUUUGUAAUUUUUACUUUUGGAAUGAAGAUUUUGUUAAAUCAUGAUGCAGGGUUGUGCUCUGAA